CAUUUGGGACGUAUUUUUAGGUAUUUAAGAAAGACUCCAGAGUUCUUUUCGACACAAACCAACCUACACUGUUCACGAUGAUCAAAAGGAAUAGCAUGCUGGCUCUCCUCAUUGCAGUUUUCGUACUGAACGGAAUUGGUGAGGCAAUGGCAGAGUACAAAAGAGUUUGCUAUUACACAAACUGGUCACAGUACCGGCCGAAUCCUUAUAAAUUUUUCCCAGAAAGUAUUGACCCAUUUCUCUGUACGCAUAUUAUGUAUUCUUUCGGAAAAGUUAGUGGACUUAUGAUCAAGCCGUAUGAAGAGAAUGACGAAAACACAUCAUGGUCAAAAGGCAUGUAUGAAAGGACAAUGGCAGUAAAAGCAAAGAAUCCAGAUUUGAAAAUUCUGCUUGCCAUUGGAGGAUGGAACCAUGGAACUAGGCCAUUUACAGCCAUGGUUAAAAAUGAAAACGAUAUUGAAACGUUUGUUAGAAAUUCCAUUGACUUCCUCAGAAAGAAUAAUUUUGAUGGGUUAGAUUUAGAUUGGGAAUAUCCAGGAAAUAGAGGAAGUCCACCCGAAGAUAAACAAAGGUUUACAAAACUUGUUAAUAUUCUGAGAAUGAAGUUUGAAAAUGAGGCUCAAUCAACUGGAAGAGAAAGAUUAUUAUUAACUGCAGCCGUUGCCGCUGGAAAAGAAAAAAUAGAUUCAGCUUACGAGAUUUCUAAAAUAGUGGGGGAUUUGGACUUUAUCAAUUUAAUGGCGUAUGAUUUUCAUGGUCAAGAUGAUAGGAAAACCGGCCACAUAAGUCCACUUUAUCCUAGACAGGACGAAACAGGUGCCGAACGAACGCUUAAUCAGGACUGGGCUGUACAAUAUUGGAUAGAUAAUGGAACUCCAAAAGAAAAACUUGUUCUUGGCAUUAGCACUUUUGGUAGAUCAUUUAGGUUGUCGAGUUCCUCAAAUAAUGGAUUCGGUGCAGCAACUUCUGGUGGAGGUUCUCCGGGAAAAUAUACUCGGGGAAAGGGAUUUCUAAGCUACUAUGAGAUUUGUUCAAGCGGAUGGACAACAGUAUGGAAUGAUGAACAUAAAGUUCCAUAUGCAUAUUCUGGAGAUCAGUGGGUGGGAUACGACAAUGUUCGAAGUGUUACGAUUAAAGCUCAGUAUAUCAAAGAGAAAGGACUAGGAGGUGCUAUGUUUUGGGCUCUUGAUUUGGACGACUUCACAGGGAAUGCAUGUCAAGAAGGCAAUUACCCAUUGAUAUCAGCUGUAACACAUCAACUUAAAACAUCAGGAUUUCGUCCUCAUCCUAAACCAGUUACUCCCAAGGUGCCUGCAAAACGAACAACCAAACCACCCAGACAGACAACUCAAUCACCAAUAACUAAGCAAACUAGUAAAUGUGGCAUGAAUGGUCCAACGCCAUGUAAUCAUGAAGCAUUCUAUGCAGAUUCAUGCGACAAGCAUGUUUACUAUCAAUGUGUAUGGGGGAGACCUGUGAAAAUGUCAUGUUAUGGGAGUCUUGUCUGGAACCAAGCAAUAAGAACAUGCGACUGGCCAUACAAUUUAUUUUAAUACUUGACUUUGGAAUGUUGAACUGAGAACC